GUGGGGGGUGGCAGAGAUAAAAGCAGCCACGGCUGCCGUGGGAACUGUGCGGCCUCGACUCGGCUACCACUCGCUGGGUGGCCGUGCGAAGCAGCUCCGUCGGGCGGUCCCGGGUCGCUCAGCGGCCGAGGAGGCGUCCGUCCUUUCGCCCUGCAGGGCCGCGGAGACUGAAGGCGGAAUCACAGCUGUCAACGCCGGAGCGUCCGCUGCCCACCAGCCGAACACAGACAGGCGACCAAAGCCGAAUCCGAACUUGAAUUCUGUGCGGCUGAUUGCAGAGCUGUCUUGACGCCCUAAGGUCCCGGAUCGGCGACCCCCGGGGGACAGCGAUCGACCGUACCCCAGAGGCGAGCUUUCUCACGGAGGCCACCGGUUGCAGAAGCUGGAAGUGAAAUAAAGGCGCGCGCUUGCUCCUGAGCUCCUUUCCUACCGAGAUAAGAGGAAGGCAGAGCCCCCCAGCACGCCUGCAGAUUAGGCUCUUCCAAAAAAACCUGAGCAUCUUGUUACAUUCAGAAACCCGGUCAUCGUCCGUCAUGGCUAGCAUCAUUGCGCGCGUGGGUAACAGCCGGCGGCAGAACGCACCCUUGCCGCCUUGGGCCCAUUCUAUGCUAAGGUCCCUGGAGAGAAGUCUUGGUCCUUUAAUGGCCAACAUGGCAGAGAGAAACAUGAAGUUGUUCUCGGGGAGGGUGAUGCCAGCCCAGGGGGAAGAAACCUUUGAAAACUGGCUGACCCAAGUCAAUGGGGUCCUACCAGAUUGGAAUAUGUCUGAGGAGGAAAAACUCAAGCGCUUGAUGAAAACCCUGAGGGGCCCCGCGCGGGAGGUCAUGCGUUUGCUGCAGGCGGCCAACCCCAAUCUAAGUGUGGCAGAUUUCUUGCACGCCAUGAAAUUGGUGUUUGGGGAGUCUGAAAGCAGUGUGACCGCUCAUGGUAGAUUUUUUAACACCCUGCAGGCACAAGGGGAGAAAGCCUCCCUCUACGUGAUCCGUUUAGAGGUGCAGCUCCAGAAUGCUAUUCAGGCAGGGAUCAUAGCUCAGAAAGAUGCAAACCAGAGUCGCCUGCACCAGCUCCUUUUAGGGGCUGAGCUGAAUGGGGACCUGCGCUUCAGGCUGAAGAAUCUUCUCAGGAUGUAUGCAAAUGAGCAGGAACGUCUCCCCAGCUUCCUGGAGUUAAUCAGAAUGAUAAGGGAGGAGGAGGAUUGGGAUGACACUUUUAUUAAACGGAAGCGGGCCAAGAGAUCUGAGUCAAUGGUGGAGAGGGCAACUAGCCCAGUGGCAUUUGGGGGCUCCCGACCCAUAGUGAUCGGUAAUGCCGACUGCAACGUGAUAGAGAUAGAUGAUACCCCCGAUGAUGACUCAGAUGAGGAUGUGAUCCUGGUGGAGUCUCAGGACCCUCCACUUUCAUUCUCGAGUUCUCCUCUCCCCAGACGCAGGGCCAGACCUCGGAAUCAAGUGCUAGUCAUUGAUUCCCCCAGCAAUUCCAGGGCUCAAUCUCCUUGUACCAGUGGGGGUUCUGGGUAUAAGAAUGAUGGUCCUGGGGAUAUGCGUAGAACCAGGAAGCGAAAAAACACAAUCCACUGUUCGUACUGUGGACAGGAGGGCCACUCAAAGGAAACCUGUGACAAUGAGAGCAACAAGGCCCAGAUGUUUGAGAACCUGAUUAUCACCCUGCAGGAGCUGACACAUACCGAGGAGGAGGGGUCAAGAGAGGCCCCUGGCCAACCCAGUGACCCUUCUGAGCCACAGUGAGGUGCUAGCCCCCAGCUUUAAAUGAACCCUAACCUAUAUACAGAGUCCAGCAAUGGGAAAAAUGGCGGGUGGUGCUCCUAAUUGCAUGAAUGAAUCCACAAGGUGGCUUUCUUUUGGGGUGGAAGACAAAGGGUCUUGAAUAUUAGCACAGUGGAGGGAGAUGGCCUGACCUCCGUCCUUGCUUCCAAUCCCCUGCUGCCCAAGGGUCUACCUUCUGUGUGUGCCCCUUUCCUUGUUGGCUUUAUUCUCUUUGUGAAACUGGUAUAAUUCAUUGUUAAAUAUUAAAACAAUAAAGGGAAGUACAAAAAGUACAAGUAACCCCAAACCCUCCAACCCUUAUAUAACCAUUGUCAACCCUGUGAUGAAUGUCCUUCUAGAUAGUUCCCUAUACCUAUGUACCCAGACAGAUAUAUGUAUAGAAAAAAGUGAUCAAAUAUAAGUGCCGUUCUAAAGUGUAUUUUUUCACCAAAUAAUAUAUGUUGUGGGCGUCUUUCUAUGUCAAUAAAUAUAUAUCAGCAUCUA